UUUGACAGCGGUCCCCCGGAAGUGGUGUUUGUUGUUGUUUCCCCGUGCUGAGCAGCGGGAGCAGUGAGGAGAGAAGCCGUUAGCUGAAUCCAGAUCAGGGAAUCCCAAACAGCGUUUGUUAGUUUGUUGAUCAGAGAUGGAGCGACACCGGGAACACACGGAGGAGACCAAGCUGCGGGGAGAAGCUUUACCUCCAGGCAUUCUUAAAGUGAUAGUUGGUGAAGAGGAGCAGCAGGAGUGUAGCUCCAGUGUGGACCAGCAGGAGCCAGAGCCCCCCCCACACAUUAAAGAGGAACAGGAGGAACUGUGGAGCAGUCAGGAGGGAGAGCAGCUUCAAGGGCUGGAGGAGGCUGAUAUCACCAAGUUCCCAUUCACUCCUGUCCCUGUGAAGAGUGAAGAUGAUGAAGAGGAAGCUCAGUCCUCACAGCUUCAUCAAAGACAAACUCAACACAUGGAAACAGAAGCUGAUGGAGAGGACUGUGGAGGACCAGAACCAGCCAGGAACUCACAUCCACUUUUACAACCAGAGACUGAUGACAGUGUUGAUAGUGAUUUUUGGAAGGAGACAAGACAGCGAUCAUUUAGCUGCUCUAACUGUGGGAAAACAUUUGCCUGCAAGGCAGAUCUGAAGACACACAUGAAAUGUCACACAGGAGAAAAAGCUUACAGCUGCUCAGUUUGUAAGAAAUCUUUUACACAGAGUGGAAGUUUACAGAAACACAUGAGAGUUCACACAGGAGAGAAACCAUUCAGUUGCUCGGCUUGUGGUAAAAUAUAUAGUCUGAAGGGACAACUGUCAGAACACAUGAGAACUCACACAGGAGAGAAACCUUUCAGCUGUUCAGUGUGUCAGAAAGCUUUUGCACGGAGACGAUGUUUAAAGAAACACAUGAUGAUCCACACGGGAGAGAAACCAUUCAGCUGCUCAGUUUGUAAGAAAUCUUUUACGCAGAGUUGGAGUUUACAGAAACACAUGAGAGUUCACACAGGCGAGAAACCAUUCAGCUGCUCUGAGUGUGGUAGAUAUUUUUCACAGAAACUAAGUUUACGGAUACACAUGGCCCACCACACAGGAGAGAAACAAUACAGAUGUGCUGUUUGUGAGCAAAGAUUCCCCUGGUCCACCAGCCUUAAAGUUCAUCAUUGUGUUGGUCGACAGUCCUCACAGCUUCAUCAGAGACAGACUCAACACAUGGAAACAGAAGCUGAUGGAGAGGACUGUGGAGGACCAGAACCAGCCAGGAACUCACAUCCACAGGAGAUUUGCAGAACCACAUGA